AUGAAACGUGAAUGGCGAAAUUAUGGUUCUUAUACGUCAUGUGAAGAAAUGGAUGAAGUGCGUCGACGUGAAAAAGUAUCGAAACGUAAAAGUGUCACGUCAGCCCAUGGCACGAAAGUUUUUUAUCGUUGUAACAAUUGGCGACGCACAAGAUGUAAUUUUCGGAUGUAUGCUAUUAUUUUUACAUCCAGUAAAAUAUGCUUAUUUGCAAGUGGUGAACAUGAUCAUACUGCUAAAGAUCCGUAUUACGUUUCCGAAGUUAUCAAUCCACAGAUACAAAGAGAUCCUGAAAGCACACGUCCAUCCACGGCGCAGCAAGAUAUCCUUACGCAGUUCGUCAUGAAUGCUACUUCUAAUAAUGCAUUACCUGGUGCCGAUCCA